AUGAGUCGGAUUCUGUGCCUGAGCCUUACCCUCUGCCUGAUGGUACAGACAGCCCUGGGUGCCUUGCACACCAAGGAGCCUCUAGUGGUUACCAAAUAUGGGACCCUCCGAAAGCAGAUACACGCGGGGAAGACACCCAUCAAUGCCUUCCUAGGAGUUCCCUUCUACAGACCUCCUGUGGGUGCCUGCAGGUUCACUGCCCCAGAACCCCCAGAGCCCUGGGAAGGAAUCAGAGAUGCUACCACAUAUGCCCCAGUGUGCCUUCAGGAGUCCUGGGGGCAGAUCACCUCCAUGUACUUCAACACACACAAAAACUACAAGUGGCUGCAUUUCAGUGAGGACUGUCUGCACCUGAAUGUGUGCGCGCCAGCAGGAGCGCUCGGGGACCCUCUGCUGCCUGCGAUGGUCUGGUUCCCAGGACACGCCUUCCUCGUGGGCUCCGCUUCCACGUGUGAUGGCUCCAAAUUGGCGGCCCGGGAGAAAGCGGUGCUAGUGCUUCUGCGCCACAGCCUCGGUGUCCUCGGUCCCCGCGCGCUCAGCACAGGCGAUAGCCAGGCCCGCGGGAAUUGGGCGCUGCUGGACCAGGUUGCAGCUCUGCGCUGGGUGCCGAAGAACAUCGCAGCCUUCGGCGGAGACCCAGGCUGGGUGACCUUGUUUGGCCAGUCAUCAGGGGCCAUGUGCAUCUCGGGACUGAUGACAUCACCCCUAGCCUGCGGUCUCUUCCAUCAGGCCCUUUCCCAGAGUGGCACCGCAGUGCCACUUCAUCACUUCAUCACCUGGCUGUGA